AUGUCCCUCUUCGGAACAUCGCCGGAAGAGCCCUCUGCGGCGACCUCCGCCCAGAGAUCCAAGUCGUCGCUCUUCGCUGACGAAUCCGCUGGGGGCGCCUCGUCCCUCUUCGCGGAUGACACCGGUGACGAUAGCUCUUCGUCGCCAUGGAACCCGCAGAAUAACACGAAGCGCCGGGCUCGGCGCGAUCUGGUCCGGACCUUGCUACCCGCUGCUGAUGUGCCAGAGAGCUAUGUUGAAGCAUACGAUCUGAUUCUGAACAGCGGGGAUAGGGUCGGAUCUGGUGUCGGCCUGACCUCGAUCCGGGAGCUCCUGUUCAGCAGUGGGCUGAGCGCGUCGGACCAGAGCAAGAUUCUGAAUCUUGUAGUUCCUGGUGGUGACGAGAGCUCCGGCGGGUUGGGUCGCGACGAGUUCAAUGUGUUGCUAGCGCUGAUUGGUCUUGCGCAGAAAAGAGAAGACCUAUCCUUUGAUUCUGUUGACGACCAUCGUAAAAACCUGCCGCCGCCCAAUAGUGGCUUCCUUCAAGAGCUACGAGCUGCAAACCAGUCCUCACCUGGCGCUACGUUUCAACGACCGAUUACACCCCCAGCACAGUCAUCUCCACUACAGGAGCCGAAUUCCGCACGGUCUCGGCGCUCGCGACGGGAGUCCCUAGGCGGCCUAGAUUCUGAUCCCUGGGGCAGCCCGGAGUUACACCGGAAUCAUAACCACGAGUCCUUAACUUCCGAACCACGCGUUGCAAACGGUUAUGGGAGCAUGCGUUCUACGACAAACGCCUGGUCAGCUCCCAAGCUGGUAGAGGAGACAAGUCAGAGCCCGAAUGAGGUGCCUCAGCAGGAACCUAGCCACAGCCGGACCGAGGCAGUGCCACCGCCCAGCAGCUCUGGGUCCGGAUGGGGAGGCCACAUCGGGACCGCACCAGAUGAGAGUGGAUAUGGGGACGGUGCGCCGCGUCCAGCCCUUGGUGGCUUCGGGCCUCCCGGUGACGAUCCGGGUGAUACUGCGCCUCAACGUCGGUCACUCGGUAUCACCCGCGCCACGAACCCACAGGUGGAAGAGACGGUGGCGAUCACUCUUCUCCCCGAGAAAGAGGGAAUGUUUUUGUUUCAACACCGAAACUAUGAGGUCAAGUCGGCACGACGAGGCAGCACUGUCGUCCGCCGGUACAGCGACUUUGUUUGGCUUCUGGACUGCCUCCAAAAGCGAUUUCCGUUCCGACAAUUGCCCCUUCUUCCGCCGAAGCGGGUUUCAGUGAAUGGUACUCACCUAUCAGCGGAUUCGAACUCUUUUCUGGAGAAGCGGCGCCGUGGACUCAUUAGAUUUACCAAUUCCCUUGUUCGGCACCCGAUUCUUGGCCAGGAGCAACUGGUGGUGAUGUUCCUGACUGUUCCGACGGAACUCUCGGUAUGGCGCAAGCAGGCGACGAUAUCAGUCCAGGACGAAUUCGUUGGCCGUGUUCUCCCAGGUGACCUCGAAGACUCAUUACCCGCCGAUCUCAACGAUACUUUUGAGACCGUCCGCAGUGGUGUGAAACGCUCUGCCGAAAUCUAUAUUAACCUUUGCACUCUGCUCGAGCGACUGGCCAAACGCAAUGACGGCCUGGCUGCUGAUCACUUGCGGUUUUCCCUGGCGUUGCAGUCCCUGACGGAGGUGACCAAGGACACGUACGCCGUUGACACCAAUGAUAUCCCGGGCCUGAAUACCGGUAUCACAGCCACCGCACGACACCUCUCUGCUAGCCAAAGCUUGCUGGAGGAUGAGGCCCGGGCCUGGAACGACGGUGUACUGGAGGACCUCAAGGCCCAGCGGGACUGCCUUGUCAGCGUACGGGAGAUGUUUGAUCGGCGGGAUCGGCUCGCGCGGAACAACAUCCCACAGCUGGAGCGGCGCAUUGAGGCCAAUGAGCGUAAGCUGCAGGAACUGCGGGCACGACCGUCGGGCACCGCCAAGCCCGGAGAGAUCGAGAAGGUGGAGGACUCCAUUUUCAAGGACAAGGAAUCGAUUGUGGAGCAGCACGCGCGCGGGGUGUUCAUCAAGGAGUGCAUCCGCGACGAACUAGUUCACUUCCAGCAAAGCCAGUAUCACAUCAGCCGGCUGCACCAGGACUGGAGCCAGGAGCGCGUCAAAUACUCUGAGUUGCAGGCAGACAAUUGGCGGCGGCUCAGUGAUGAAAUCGAGGGGAUGCCGACGGGAGAGUAG